AUGAUAAACUUUUGUUUAUCAUCCAAUUCAUUUAAACUUCUAGAAAUGGCAAUUACUUGUUUUGAUAUGUCUAAUAUAAGUAAUGAAGUCGGUCAUACUUCCAUAUGGGAUCCUCAUUUACCAAAUGAUGUAAAAAAUGAACAAUUUGAUGAGUUAAAUAGUCAAGAAAAGGGUAAUGAUUUUCAAGGUGUACCAUCAUUUGAUAAUAAUUUAUACCAACUUUCUUCUUCAUGUUGGGUUCCACAAUUUAAUAGUGAAAAUGGUGGAUGUUCCAAAGAUAAAAUGGCAUUUCAUGAAACUUUUUCAAAUGAAUCAGAUUUAAAUAAUUUAAAUCAAAAUAAUUCUAUAUUUUUAGAACCAUUAAAUGGUUGGAAUUCAUGGAAUAAUAUUUACAAUUGGAUUGAUAAGCAUGACAAUGAUAUUCCAUCAACAACUAAUAGUCCAGCUGUUCCAGAUCAAGGAUCCAAUUGUAGUGAGGAGCAUUCAGAUAGUAUGCGAUCAGAUUCUUUUACUACCUCACCACUUCGUCACAGUUCUCCUAUAAAUUCCACGUGGACUAGAAAUUUUGAUGACUCAAAUGGAUCAAAUUAUUAUAUUAAUAAUGCCAAAGGAUGUAAUAAUAAAUACUUUUCUAAUAUUUUAACUAAAAUGGGAAAUUUACAAGUAAAUGAAAAUUUUUCUUUAUCUAAUUGGCAAGAUUCUAUGAAUGAUAUAAAUAAUACACAACAACCUAUAGAUAUACCAAGUACUCCAAGUCCAACAACUAAUAUUUGGCAAAAUUAUGAUCCUUCAAAUAAUAGAGAUGAUGGUUAUUAUUUUCCAAGUAGUUUGUCUGAUUUAGCAGAUACAAAUAAAGAAAUGAAUAAUAUUUGGCAUAUCAAUACACCAUUUAAUAGUUAUGCUAAAACUUCAGCUUUAAAUCAAAUUCAAAAUAGACCAUUACCACAAAAUAAUAUGGAAAAAGUUAAAGAAAUGUAUACAAGGAAUGAAGAAAAAUCUCAAGAAUGCCAAUUUAUACCAUCACAAAAUAAUAAUAAUAAUAACAAUAAUAAUAAUGAUAAUAAUAGUAAACAUCAACAAUGGGGAAAUGAUAGAUGUUGGAAUUCAAUGUAUUCACAAUAUCAAAAUGAUAAAAAAGAAUCAUAUGAAAUGUUAAAAAAUCAUCCAAGACAAAAUAAUACACAAAUUUCAUCAAAACCAAUUCUUCCUAAUAAUCAAAUUGGAGCUACUUAUAGUAUGUAUCAAAAUACAAAUAGAACAAAAUCAUCUUCUCCAAUUUAUUCAGCAAAUAAAAAACUUCAUCAAUCAAAUGCUUUUAACAAUGUUCCACUUUCAAGAGCUGUACCUAAUUCUCAUUUAGCAUAUGUUUGUCCCCCAAAUAUUACAAGAGAUGGUAAAUUAAAUUGUGAUGAAGAGGAAUUAGAUAGAUAUCAUAAAACUCUCCAGAUGCAUCAACUUGCAUAUGAUCAAAUAUAUGAUGUUGUCUUUCGAAAUAAUGGACCAGUAAUUGAAAAUAAUAUAUUACCUGAAAAUUAUCACUAUCCACCAACAGAAUACUUUCGUCCAGUUUAUCCUAUAAUAACAUCAAAAAAUUGUGAUAGAGGACAAAUGUAUCCUACAAAUGGUGUAUCAAAUAUUGUUAAUUUUUGUCAACAAGUAAAUAAUUAUAAAAGAGAAAAUGAUACUGUUUAUCUAAAAAUAGAAGAAUGUUCUUCACAAUAUCGUCAACUUGAAAAUGAAAGAAAAAAAACAGAAGCUGAAUUAGCAAGGCAUAAUCUUGGUAAAAAAAUUAGUUCAUCUAAUACUAUUCAAAUACCAAGACUUCCACCAGCUCCAUUAAAAAUAGAUAGACUUAUUGUUGAUUAUUUUCGUGAACAUGCUCGUGUUACAACAUUAUUAUCAAAAAUGAUACAAUUACGUGAAAAACCAAUGCCACCAAUUGUUCAUGAAGUAAUGGCUGAAUUUUUAGGUGCUAUUAAAAAUCUUCAAAAAAUGAGACUCCAAGAAAGAGAAAAUAUUCUUUCAUAUCUUCGUGGUGAAGUUGGUAGUUAUAAUGAAAGAAUAGAAUCAAUGAAUCUUACUAGAGCUUUAGUUGAUGUAAUAAGAACAACCCAAAAAGCUAGAGCAGCUAAUUGGUGUUGUUUGAUUUGGACACUUGGUCCUUUAGAUAAUGAACAAGAAAUUCAAAUAGAAAAAAUUAUUCAAGCAAAUUUCCAAGUAGAUCCACCUGAAAUUAAAUUUCGACCAGUUUAA